AUCCACGAUAAGUGUUCACAAGGGAAGGGCGUUUAAUUUGACUCCAAACUCUGCUUUUUUAUGAUUCACUAAGCUAUAUAUAAAGCGACUCCCACAGUCACAUAUCACCUUCUCAUUUUUCUCUCCUACAUUAGCUGCUUUUCUUAGUCACUUUCCACACACUUCACUUCUUCUACUUGCAAACACUAACACACACUCUACACUACAAGAUAUCAUGACUCUUCUUGGCUCCGACAUAGAAGAAGCCUCAUCCCAAGAAUUAACCAUGGAGGCCCGGAGACGGAUAAUAUUCCGAGGAAAACGUACCAAACGAUCAAGGCCAAGGCCAUCCACCGUGGUCACCUCUAGCUCCUCCACUACCGGUGGUGAAAGAGGCCUCGAGGGCGAUGCCUAUUCUUUGAUACCUUCACCUCAAAGCUAUGGGAACUCUGCCUCAACACAAGAAGAUGAAGAUAUGGCGAAUUGUCUGAUGCUCUUGGCUCAAAGUGGGGGUAGCUUCAACCAGAAGCAACAUCACGACGAUGAGAUUUAUACUAAGAAGCUUUCAAGCCGUAAAUUCAACGAGAUGGUUUCCUCCACAUCUGGAAAAGAAGAGUUUUAUGCCUACGAAUGCAAGACUUGUAACCGAAGUUUCACCUCAUUUCAAGCUCUUGGAGGCCACCGAGCAAGCCACAAGAAACCUAAGAAUUUGAUCGAUGAAAAGGGAGCUCUAAUAUCCACAAUUCUUAACGAUAAAGAAGAUCAAGAACAUGGCCUUUUUAACAAGACAAGCGCGAUAAUCAGCCAGCAGAAAGCUAAGGUUCAUGAGUGUUCUACAUGUGGCUCGGAGUUCUCAUCAGGUCAAGCCUUGGGUGGUCACAUGAGAAGACAUCGAAUUCCGACAACAAAUACUAUAAGUUCUAUCAUCGAUCAUGAUGAUCAGAAGCCGAGAAAUCAUGUUCUGCAACUAGAUCUCAAUCUUCCGGCUCCAGAGGAUGAUCAUUAUGAUUCUAAGUUUCAGUUUGUAUUCUCUACUGCAGCCUUGGUAGAUUGUCAUUACUAGGAACAAGAAACUAUGUUGUCUAGCAUAUUAUGUUAUAUACAAGUGGGAUUUGAUUAAUGUAAAUUUCGAUUAUAUAUCUACAUAUUAUAACAUAUUCGUAAAUA